AUGACAGAAAGACAACCUUUAUUAAAUAAUAAUAACAAUAAUAAUAAUAAUAAUGAAAUUCAAACUAUCACUAAUCUAUUAACAAAGACACAUGUAGAGAUAUCACAAUUAGAGAAAUUAUUACGUGAUUAUGGAACUGUUAGAGAUACUGAUUCAUUUAGACAUAAUGUUCAUCUUAGAAAGUUGGAUAUAUCAGAAAACUUGAAACGAGUAUCUGAUGGAUUACGAAAUCCAUCGACCAAGUCUAAAGUACCAAAGAUGCAAUUGGACAAGCUUGUCAAGGGUUUGACAGACUCUACCAAUUCAUUUAAUCAUAUCGUACAACAAUCUAUUCAACAUGAAAAACAACAUGCUCCCAUCAAAGACCAACAAUUUAGAAAUUCGUUGGUCGAAUCUCCAAGUAUUAAUAAUUCUAAUUUUAAACAACAACAACAACAACAACAACAAAAUAACUAUAAUAAUAAUAAUAAUAAUAAUUAUAAUAAUAAUAAUAAUUAUAUGGAUGAUGAUAGAUAUCAAUCCAAUUUUUCACAAAAACCACAACAACAAUACCAACAACAACAACAACAAUAUCAAACAAUGGGAUUAGGAGGACAAUCAAUUAGUCAAGAUGAAGUUUAUGAAGAAAUUAUUAAAGAGAGAAACAAGGAAACCAAACAAUUGGUUGAAGACAUGUUGGUAUUAAAAGAGGUGAUGACUGAUAUUUCGGAUAUGGUCAAUGAACAAGGUGAACAAUUGGUCAUUGCCAAUGAUAAUGUAGAAGUGUCUGAUCAAAAGGUUGAAGAUGCUGUCAUUGAUUUGGAAAAGGCUCAUGUCUACAAGAGUAGUUAUCGUAAGAAACUAGUUUGUCUUGCAAUUUGUCUAUUAAUUACUUUGGUUGGAGUCGGUAUCUUUUUAGGAAUUUGGUUUGGUGUCUUAAAGAAAUAA